CUCUCGCGCGCCGCCGCCUUCUUAUCACACACACCGGGACACGUGCACGGUAAAAGUCGGUGUUCGGUCUGAACGCGGAAGCGGCCGGUGGAGUUUUUCAUGAACUGUUAGCUGUUAGCUGUUAGCAGGGGCGGAGGCGAGUGGUCGGGGUGAAGCAUUAAAAUCAGCUUUUGUUACCGAAAAUCAGAGCGUCGGCCAAAAGAGCCACGCAGGACGGAAACAACGGGGAUAUUUAUCACGUCUGUCUUUGAAGACCGACACGGGAAGCAGUUUGUGCUUGGGUGACGUCUCCAGGCUGGGUCCGUGGGGACCCCACUGUUCGUGUUUCUCUUUCGGUUUGACGUGGGAGCCCUUCACCUUCUCUGCGCGGAAUCUUUCUGGCUCUUCCACUCAGUCCGACUCUAUUAUGCAGCAUGUGUGUGGGAGGACUCCACCGGUGUUUUUUCUCUGUGAAGGAAGCCCCGCCCUGACGGCAGCCGAAGGCACAGCCCCACCUCGCAACUUUGCUGAGAUGCUGCCGACAGAAAUGAGCGUGAGGAUCUUUGGCGAGCUGGACGCGGCGAGCCUGUGCAGCGCGGCGAGGACCUGCAGGCUGUGGCAUCAGAUCAUCGAGCAGAGCGAGCAGCUGUGGAGGAAGCAGUGCCUGAUGGUCCGAGCCAUCUGCCAGAGGGAGGUCGACAGCGACCGGAGACACGGCCUCUCCUGGAAGCUGAUCCUGGUGAGGAACUACAUCCGCAGCCUUGUGAAGAAAGACUGGCUGAUUGGACGGUUCAGCCACGUGAGGUCGGCGGACGAGCUGAGCGGCAGGAAGCUGACGCCGCUGGACGCGGAGACCUGGGGCGAGAUCCUGCAGGCCGAGCUGGAUCGAUGACGGCGUUCCAGUUUUAUCAAAGCACCUCGAGCACUUCGGAUUUUUAACUCUAAUAUAUUCCCUCUGCAGUUUGUGUUUCACAGGAAACGCAAACUUUUGUACAUACUUUUAAAAUUUUUAUAGAAAAAAAUCACAGAGAAGCAAAGUGAAUUUUUUAUUUUUAAAUUUGAGCCUUUUUGUUUUGGGUUCGUGUAAAUAUGACGAUGAUUCAAUAAACCAUCUUUGUGAGGUU